AUGCCUAAGCAGGGCAGCUCGGGUUUUGAAGCGAGACUCGAGGAGCUGCGGGAGGAAUUCCCAGGAUGUAUUGAUCUAGCAGUGCCCAAAGAAGCUCGGGAUUGGUCCGACGCAGACUUGCGCAACUUCUUUGAGAGUGGUGGCUUCAUAAAGCCUUUGAAAAAGGAAGCUCCCGAAGCAUCUCCGCCUCCAUCUGCAGGUCUCGUCCAGGGCCCGCAGUUUUCAGUUCCAGAAGCUUUACAACUGCAGGAAAAGCUUCUCGCUGGAUUCAAACACAUGGACUUCCACCAGAAGUUAAAGCGACUCCAGCUUCAGUAUCCUCAGAGAAAGCAAAAAGGCCAUCCCGACGGCUCAUCUUACUUCGAGGCGUUUGAGGUGCUUGUGAUGACAGUAUUUUGCGGAAUACUUCCAACUCAUGGUCUGCGAGGGGAUUGGGACGGUGUCGGGGACAUGUUCGCUCAGAUGGCCUCAGCAUUGAAGAACCCCAAGGUCAAAAAGCAGCACGAGGAGAUCAACACGUUACUGGGGCUGCCUCGUGAUGCACGACUUGCUGCUUCCAGACGAGAGGACCUGAUUGUGUAUUGCCCAGGUGGCGAUGGAACCGUGUUGGUCCCUGGCAGCCGUGGUGUAAUUGAGGAUGAGGAUGGAGAUGUAGCUCACGAGUUCCUGGUCGAAGAUGAGGCGACAGGAGAGCUGCGAGCCAGUUUCGCUACAAACACCUGGUUUCGGGCUCUUCAGACAGUGGCUAUAAGAUCCAGCCCAAGCAUCAAGUCAAUCUCUGUGGGUGCUUGCACAAAGGGGCAGCGCCUUUCCGUACAACGGAUACUGAAUGACAGGUGGCUACAGUUGCAUGAGAGCGAGCUGCAAGCCCUUGGUGUUCCAGAGGCACCAGCUAGUGGUGGAGGCUACUUGCCCAAGAAAUUGAGGGGACGAUCUUUGAGGGAGGGAGAUAGGCGUGAUCUGGGCAAAUAUCAGUGCGUUCUGCCACUUGUGCUCUUUAGGGUCUUUACUGCGAAAAAGUCCAGGUGUUUGUUGAUUUUGCUGUCAGUGUCGGCGCCAUCCUCUCUGCGCCAGUUUGGCCUGUAG